AAGUCAACCCCAUGUAGUGCGAUAAAGGCUCGAUGUUGUUGUUGUUGUCUCAACAUUCAAGUGUUAAAAAAAAAAAAAAGUGUUUCUAUGUUUCCCUAACUCUGUAUCGUCAAAGUUGCUAAGGAAGUUUAUAAUGAAAAUCAGUUUGUGAGUGUGGAAUAUGGCAUUGACAAUAUUAUUAUGAUAUGAUGGCAAUAUUGUCAUCAAAUCUAUCAUCGAAUAUGAAUGAGCUAAAUGGUGAGAAAUUGUUUGUUCAUAUGCCAUUAUAGCUAACUUCAACAUUAUUUUACAUGUUGCUGAUAAGAAAGUGCACCUAAUUUUUGUUCUAUUUCAUAACGAGUUGUUCUUUCGGCUUUCAAAGUAAUAUUAUUUUGGAUAACAUAUGUGACCUUCGGCACAAGAUGAUUUUCUAUAUAGAAAGUACAAAUCAUUACAAACUUCUCAGGAUAAUAUAACAAAUUGUACUGGUCUAGUAUUCCAUUCACUUUCCUUUUUGACAAAAGCAAAUUCUUCUUUUUUCAAGGGAUAGGUGAGAAUUUUGUACGUGCGAUCAAGGUUGCUUGCUUUGGUUAUAUGGAGAAUCUCUAGCUCGUUUUGUUCUCUUCUUAGUUCUUAUAUAAAGGAGCUCAUUCAUGAGCAAUAAUUAAAGAAACACGAGUCGAUCUAUAUAUAUUAGCAUAGAAGAGAAAAGUUAAGGCAAUAGGAACCAAGCAGCAGCCAUGACUUCGGGGGAAAUUCAUGGCCCUCAUUGGACUGGUGAACACAAUCUUGGGAGGAAGCAUGGGCUUCUUGGAAGAGAAAGAGAGAAGGGGAGGGAAGAAUGGGAGAGAGAGCAAAAACUGAACAGAAAUCUUUAUUGAUUGGCUUAGCCCCUAUUACAAACAAUAGCACCUAUUUAUAGACUCCAAAUGGCUACACAAAGCUGCACACUAAAGAUAAUACAAAGCUAUAUAAGAACCUAAAGAAAAUACAAAAAAAAAACUAACUAAAAUCUGGACCAAUAUCCUAACAAAGCAAAAGACAAGUUAUUGAUGAUAUUUAAAAUAUGUUAUAGUUCCUCCUUAACAUAAGGAAGACUAGAUUCUUAAUAGAGUUUCUAUAGAAUAGAACUUUUGAUCAUUCUUCGUUAUACUACAACAAAUGCAACUCCAAUAGAUAAUACUGUAUAUCUGCUUAAUGAUAAUUUUUUUCCACUAUAUAUAAAUGCAGUAUGAAUACUUCAAAAAUGAGAACGGUGUUUAUCACAUAUCAGCAAAAGCUUUGAGAAUUGUAUGGGGCAAUGAUCCCCGUUUUUGGGAAUGGAUAAAGCUAUCAAAAGACGAAUCUUGCUUUGAAAUAGGAGCAGAGCUCAUUCAAGUGAACUGGAUGGAGGUAACUGGAUCUUUAAACUUGGAGAAAUUUCAGCUCGAUCCACUGAAGACUUAUGAAAUAUUUUACGUUAUAAAGUUCAAUGCUGAUGCAUUUGGUUGGCGUUCUUCUCCAAUCACAUUUGAAGUAUCAACCCCAGAAGGGAAGAAGAGCAGAAAUGAAAGAUAUUUGGAGUAUUAUACAAAGGAGAACAAAAACUGGAAUGAGAUAUACGGAGGUGAGUUCAGCUUAGCUUCUUCAAAUUUGAUGGGGAAGAUUGAGUUUGGGAUGAAGGAGGUGAAGACUGAGUGGUGGAAAGGUGGCAUAGUUCUUGAAGGAGUCAAGAUAAGGCCCAAGUUGUUGAUUGCUAAUCAUAAUUAGUUUAUACAUUUCUUUAAUAUUUAUUAGCAAUUAUUAUUAUUAUUAUUAUUAUUAUUAUUAUAUUUAUUAGCAAUUAUAAUGCAUUUAAUGUGGAUCAUUUCAUGUAACCUCUUUCACUACUUUGUGCUGAUGUAUUGGUGUGUGACCAAGGCCUGGCUAACUAAGUUGAUGGGGACAUCAGUUGGAAAGUCUACCGUCGACGUGGCCGUAGAUCUACGGCAACGAUCUGCCCGAUGUAUUUCUGAUUUUAGUAUGGUCAUUUUAUUUUGAUGUAUUUUAUUUCUGCAUUUUCCCUUCUUACCCUUGUUUGAGGGAUUGAGUCUUGUAGCCCCUCGAAGGUAUUUUAGUCUUUUAUUUUAUGUCAUUGUAUUAGGCUAUUUAUAGCCUUCAUCUUGUACUUUUGAUGGUUAAUGAAUGAUAUUACAAAUUUUUCCUGCA